CACCGAGGAGGCGCACUCAAUGAGGGAGCAAACCGACAAGUGAAGCCGGUGUGUGCGCGCAGUCCAAAACGCCCUCUAAACGCGAGGGUGGCGAGGAGCGACAAAUAAGAAAUACAUCCGUCCCUGCUCUGACAAGGAAGAUAGACUGCCCAGUGCAUCGCGAAGAUGGGGAACCGGGGAAUGGAGGAUUUGAUUCCUCUGGUGAACCGCAUGCAGGAUGCCUUCUCCGCCAUCGGGCAAAACGCAAACCUGGACCUGCCCCAGAUCGCCGUGGUGGGCGGCCAGAGUGCGGGGAAGAGCUCGGUGCUGGAGAACUUCGUCGGGAAGGAUUUCCUUCCCCGUGGUUCAGGCAUCGUGACUCGUCGCCCUUUGGUUCUGCAGCUGAUGAACAGUCCCACAGAACAUGCUGAGUUUCUCCACUGCAAGGGCAAAAGGUUCACGGAUUUUGAUGAGGUUCGGCAGGAGAUCGAGGCCGAGACUGACCGCAUCACUGGGGCCAACAAGGGCAUCUCCCCUGUGCCCAUCAACCUGCGUGUCUAUUCUCCUCAUGUGCUGAACCUGACCCUGGUGGAUCUGCCGGGGAUGACCAAGGUGCCGGUGGGAGACCAACCUGCAGACAUCGAGGCCCAGAUUAGAGACAUGCUUUUUCAGUUCGUCACCAAGGAGAACUGCCUGAUGCUGGCCGUCUCCCCGGCCAACUCUGAUCUGGCCAACUCUGACGCUUUAAAGAUUGCCAAAGAGGUCGACCCUCAGGGUAUGAGGACCAUCGGUGUGAUCACCAAGCUGGACCUGAUGGAUGAGGGGACAGAUGCGAAGGACAUCCUGGAGAAUAAGCUGCUUCCACUCAGGAGGGGUUACGUCGGUGUGGUGAACAGGAGCCAGAAGGACAUAGAUGGCAAGAAGGACAUCAGCGCUGCUAUGGCUGCUGAGAGGAAGUUCUUUCUCUCCCACCCUGCAUAUAGACACCUGGCCGACCGUAUGGGUACCCCCUACCUCCAGAAAGUCCUCAAUCAACAACUGACCAACCACAUCCGGGACACCCUGCCAGGCCUGCGGGCCAAGCUGCAAAGUCAGCUCCUCUCCAUAGAGAAGGAGGUGGAGGAGUACAAGAACUUCAGACCGGACGAUCCGUCCCGCAAGACCAAGGCUCUGCUCCAGAUGGUGCAGCAGUUCUCGGUGGACUUCGAGAAGUGCAUAGAGGGCUCUGGAGACCAGAUUGACACAGCUGAGCUGUCAGGUGGUGCCAGGAUCAAUCGCAUCUUCCAUGAACGCUUCCCCUUUGAACUGGUCAAGAUGGAGUUUGAUGAGAAAGAACUCCGCAAGGAGAUCAGCUACGCCAUCAAGAAUAUUCACGGAAUCAGAACUGGCCUCUUCACCCCGGACAUGGCCUUUGAGACCAUUGUGAAAAGGCAGAUUGGGAAGAUUAAAGAGCCUUGCACCAAAUGUGUGGACAUGGUCAUUUCUGAGCUAGUCAAUACGGUUAGGCAGUGUACCAAGAAGCUGGCUCAGUAUCCCAUGUUGAGAGAGGAGAUGGAGAGAAUCGUCACUCAGCACAUCAGGGACAGAGAAAGCCGCACUAAGGGACAGGUGUUGCUGCUGAUAGACAUCGAGUUGUCCUACAUGAACACCAACCAUGAGGACUUCAUUGGUUUUGCCAACGCUCAGCAGAGGAUCAACCAAAUGAACAAGAAGAAGGCGGCUGGCAACCAGGAUGAGAUCAUGGUGAUCAGGAAGGGCUGGCUGACGAUCAACAACAUCGGCAUCAUGAAGGGCGGAGCCAAGGAGUACUGGUUUGUCCUCACCGCCGAGUCCCUGUCCUGGUAUAAAGACGACGAGGAGAAGGAGAAGAAGUACAUGCUGCAGGUGGACAACCUGAAGCUGCGCGAUGUCGAGAAAGGCUUCAUGUCCAGCAAGCAUAUCUUUGCCCUCUUCAACACAGAGCAGAGGAAUGUGUAUAAGGACUACCGCCAGCUGGAGCUGGCCUGUGAGAGUCAGGAAGACGUUGAUGCUUGGAAGGCCUCCUUCCUCAGAGCCGGAGUUUACCCUGAACGUGUCACGGAGAAGGACGGAAAGAGUGACGGCGGUGACGAAAACGGCUCUGACAACUUAAUGCACAGCAUGGACCCGCAGCUGGAGCGGCAGGUGGAGACCAUUCGUAACCUGGUUGACUCCUACAUGGCCAUCGUCAACAAGACCGUCCGCGACUUGAUGCCCAAGACCAUCAUGCACCUCAUGAUUAACAAUACGAAGGAGUUCAUCAACGCAGAACUGCUGGCGCAGCUGUACUCGUGUGGUGACCAGAACUCGCUGAUGGAGGAGUCUCAGGAGCAGGCCCAGCACCGCGACGAGAUGCUGCGGAUGUACCACGCCCUGCGGGAGGCCCUCAGCAUCAUCGGUGACAUCAGCACGUCCACCGUAACCACCGCCAUGCCACCUCCUGUGGAUGACUCCUGGCUGCAGGUGCAGCGCGGCAGCUCUGGAGGAAGGUCUCCAGCCACCAGUCCAACACCAAACCGCAGGGCUCCACCGGGACCUCCCGCCCGCCCAGGCUCUCGUGGGCCCCCACCUGGUCCCCCCCCUGCCGGCGGACCCCCUGUCCCAUCUCGCCCGGGCGCCUCUCCGGACCCUUACAGCGGGCCGCCGCCCACCGUGCCCUCCCGGCCUAACCGCGCGCCCCCGAGUGUGCCCAGAAUCACUAUCACUGACCAAUGAGGACUAGCGUUUCUGUGGUCACGGGGGUGAGUGAGAACAUGAAAACAGCCACAGUCUAUGCACAAAACUAUCACACUCCUGUUUCACCCUCACAUCGCUGUCUUGAGAGCCUGUGAGUUCAGCCCGUCCAUUUCACAACCUGAACUCUGCUGUCAGUGUGAUGUGUUGUAUUUCGACCCCAAACAAAAACAACCAACCCACCAGCCUCGAAAAACCCACCUCUGUACCUCAAUUGAUGUCAUUCUAGCCAUUUAAAACCCAUCCGAAACACUUGAGUGACCCCUUGUGCAUCUUCGUACCCGACGCAAAUACAGCAAAACAUAUUGUACUUAUUAUUUAACAGUAAAUAGUUUAUUAUGGACAUAUCUUAAUGUGUUAUGAUGUAUAUGUGUGGUGCAUCUUAUGGUACUUGUACUUCCACUGUCUAGAGAUUUUAGUCUGCAAUUUAUGAAGUUUCUGAAUAUUUAAAUUAUUAUGAAUAAAUGAGUAUGUGUAUAAGGAAAUCAUAUUUGAAAAAAUGUAUAAAAAAUGUGUAAUGCAGUGAUGUAUAUGGACGCUGGCAGGUUGUUUGAUACUUUAGCUUGUAGCAG